UGCGGCGCGAUCCUUUCUUUUCACCUUCAACAACUACAACAACCAACCUCCAUCAUACUUUCAAAUUAAGAAACUUGCAGUCAUUCCUUACGCUGCGGUCUCGUCACUCAUUUCAAAUACCCACCCCAAUAGUCACUCAUUAAUCUAUUAGACAAUAUUUGCGAUAGCAUAUAUUCUCUCUAUUUCCCCGAUCGAUUCGGUCUCAUCACCUCGGCGCGUGCCAUUUAGAACCCGUGUUUCAGCCAAUCCGUUUCAAUUCUUCUCGAGCGAUUUCGAUACCAUCUCCGUCAAUAUGCGUGCUUUCUUCGCUAUCUUCGCCGCCGUUCUGGCUUUCGUCCAGGUUGCUGCUGCUAUUCCCCCUGCCUGUCUGUUGGCUGCCCUUGGUGUUCAGGAAAACCCGGCCGAUUUGAAGGCGGUCUGCGGUGACCUCCAGCAUGCCAUCCAGGGCAACUUGACGAGCAACUGCCACAAGGACGUCCUCUCCGAGGCCUACAAUGUCUACUCCUCCAAGUGCCUGGAGCAGGGCGUGACCGUCGCUAAGCUCCCCACCUCCUCGACUUCUUCCGCUCACUCCAGCACCGGUACUAGCACCGCUUCCGCUACUGGCUCCGGCUCCGUGUCUGCUUCUGCUACUCCCACCGGCGACUCGACUGCCGACAACUCUGGAUCCGGCAGCACCACCACCCCCACCGAAUCCAGCAGCUCCGCUGUCCCUACUGGAAAUGCCGGCAUGGCCACGGAGCCCAAGCCUUUCCUCUUCGCUGCCGCCGCGCUUUUCGCCACGGGAUUGACUAGCGUUAUCUUUUUGUAAAAGAAAGAGGGAAAAAAAAACGAUAUUCUAAAGAAGUAGUACCUAGCGAUGAGGAAGUGAAUAGAGAUCUAGAUACGUUGCGUCUAAAAAGGGCGGUUGGUUUUUGAAUCGUGUCUCAAGCGCAUCUUAUACCCCUUCCCAAAUUCCCAACGGGCCCCCAGAUUAAACUAAGUUAGACUCGCAUGUGUUUGGGUAGCAGACAGAGAAGCUCCUCCCGAAAAAAGGGGGGGUCAGUUAUCAAUAUUCAUCUAUCCGUCUGGCCUUGAUUUUCAACAGAAAAUAUAGAUGGAAAUACAUAUACACAUAUACUUGUACUAUACUAU